CUUGAAUUUGAAACCCUAAGCGGCGCCCCCAUCUUCUCUUUUCUUUCGUUUCUUUCUUUCCCUUCUCCUGGAAAUCCGAUCGACACCCGAAAAAAAGGAAAACGAAACCCUCGAGAUCCAACACCUCUUAUCUUUCGUAUUUUCUGGAAAUCGAGCAAAAAACGAAAAAGAAGCACCGAUUCACUCCGAUUUCUCUCUCCCUCGCUCUUCUAUAUCACGGCGGUGACGAUGACGACGGUGAAGCAGGGUUCAGCGGUCAGUUUUUGGUUGCAUGUUAACUUUUUUGUGCGAUUGUGAGCUGGUUGUUUUUAGGGUUCUAGCCCCUUUUUGUCUUUCUUUUGAUUUCUGGGUUUAAUGGCGAACGAGGGAAGAAGAAGAGGAGGAAGUCGGCGGUGACUAGAUCGAUGGGGAGAAAGAAGACUCCGGCCAGCGAGCUUCUCCGAUAUUUGUGCGAGAGGGGAAAAGUCGACUGUCGACCCUUUUUUGCUGUCCAUGGUUGGCUUCAAAAGAGAUGGAAGAAACAAGUAUUGAUUGUAAUUUUCUUAUUUGUAAUUUGUAUUAUGUUUGUAAUUGUAAUUAAGUAAUAAUUUUAAUAAUAAAUUCUUCUUUAUUAUUAUUAUACUUGUGUUGUGCCAAAAGCCGAGAUGGGAAGCCAAUAGAUCCUAUUAGAUCCACCG